AAUUAUAAAUUACAAAGAAAAAUGAGUUAUAAAGAAAAGGCAAAAAAGAAACAUUUUUUUGCUGAUCCAAAAGAAGACUAAGCAUUUAAGUUUCUCUUUUCAGAUCAAGUACUUCUCAAUGAUUUUAUUAAUACCCUCCUAAAUUUAGAAAAUAACUAGAAUAAUAAAUUUCAAUUAACCAAUUUUUAAUAGUAUGAACCAAUUUAUUAAAAAGAAAAUAGACUAAUUAAAUGUAUGGUUGAUGUGUUAUGUUCAGCAAAAAAUAUUAAUGUAGGUUUAGAAAUGUAAGGGUAAAAUAAAAAAGAAUUUAAAGCAAGGACUCAAUAUUAUUCAUCAAAAUUAUUAAUAAAUGAUGUACAUGAUUAUCAUUAUAAUAUGAAAAAUACUUAUAUGAUAAUUCUUUCAAAGUUCGAUGUUUAUAAUCAAAACACACCAGAACUAAUAUAUUAUGAGCUGGACACAGAACAAAGAUUUGUUUAAACAAAUAAUUAAGUAGAAGAAAAUUAUUAGAAAUUUAAAUAUAUUAAUUUAAAUGCUUUCAAAAAACAAGAAAAACAGAUGAGAGAACAAAAUAAUUAAUAAAAAGAAAAAAAUUAAUUAUAUAAAUAAAUUUAAAGAAACGAAAAUAAUAUAUAAAAAAAAAUAGAUUGGCUAACUUUUUUUUGCUAUUGCUCAUACUAAACAAAAGUACCUGAUAAUAUGUCUGAAAUUAUUUAAAGAGCUUACAAUGCAAUGGAUAUCACAGGAAAUCCAAAUGAUUCUCUAGAAAAGAGGCUUUUCAUAGAAACUUAUUUACUCAGAUAGGAGUAAUAUGAUAAUACUAACAAGAAAAUUUAAAACUUGGAAUAAUCUUUGGUAUAAUCACUUUAGGCACUUUAGGAAAAAGAAAUGAGAAAUAAGAUAAGGCAAAGAAAAAUAAUAAAAUUAUAAGUUAUUCAAUUAAAGCAUUAUAUCUAGUAAAAUAAGCUUUCUCAAUAAUUUAUAAAUGAAAUGCUCGAAGAAAUUAAUUAAGAAUAAUUAGAUUUAAUUUAAUAAGCUAUAAAGGAAGAUUAAAAUAUUGAAGAUGAAACUCUUAUUAAUUAUACUAUGAAACUAAUUAAUAAUGAUAAUAAUAUCUAAUGA